AGCGAAAAGAUUUACUAUUCAACUACCUACCAUUGAGAAUAUAUAGUCCGUUUGUACCGCUCUUUUCUAUAGCUAAAGACAUUGUACCAAUUUUGAAAUAUAUGCGCCUUUUUUUCUGGACUGAAGGUCGUUAGAUUCUCCAAAUCCUGAAGAUUUUUGCAUGAUCAACACCAUGGAAAAUAGCGGUUCUGCUCAUUUUGAAAGAAAUCCUUCUCUUUUCCCUAAUACAACAUUAGAGAAAGCACAGAAAACGAAAAAAUAUAUAGAGCAUUAUUAUAAGGUAGCAGUGGAACAUGCUGUAGAAAGAAAUCAAAGAAGAAUUGAGCUCGAGCGAAAAUUAACUACAGAGCGCGGAUCUGAUGAAAGAAAGAACAGACAGUUAAGAGUGCUGGGAGAGAGGGAGUCACAAUUCUUACGUUUUCGAAGGACUAGACUAUCUUUAGAAGACUUUUCAACUAUUAAAGUAAUUGGUAAAGGUGCUUUUGGUGAAGUACGACUAGUACAGAAAAGGGAUACCGGAAAGAUCUAUGCUAUGAAGUCUUUACUGAAAACCGAAAUGUUCAAAAGGGAUCAACUUUCCCAUGUCAAGGCUGAACGUGAUUUGUUAGUAGAAUCAGAUUCUCCUUGGGUGGUUUCUCUUUAUUUCUCUUUUCAAGAUUCCUUAUACCUUUACCUUAUAAUGGAAUUUCUGCCAGGAGGUGACUUAAUGACCAUGUUGAUUAAUUACGAUACGUUUUCAGAAGAUGUUACGCGGUUUUACAUGGCUGAAACUGUUUUGGCUAUUGCCGACGUCCAUCGAAUGGGAUACAUCCAUCGUGAUAUUAAACCCGACAAUAUUUUGAUUGACCGUGAUGGUCAUAUCAAAUUAUCUGAUUUUGGCUUGUCCACUGGUUUCUAUAAGCAAGAUCAAAGUGCUUCUUACAUGAGGCCUCCAAAAAGCGGAAACACUCUAAAGAGAGGACAAAUGGUAGACGCCAUUUGGCUAACCAUGUCCUCUAAAGAUAAAAUGGCUACCUGGAAGAAAAAUCGUCGUGUCAUGGCGUAUAGUACUGUAGGUACUCCCGAUUAUAUUGCACCAGAAAUCUUUUUACAACGUGGUUAUGGACAAGAUUGUGACUGGUGGAGCUUGGGUACUAUUAUGUUUGAAUGUCUCAUAGGCUGGCCUCCGUUUUGCAGUGAAAAUUCACACGAAACCUAUCGUAAAAUUGUCAAUUGGAGAGAAACUUUAGUUUUUCCUAAUGAUAUCCAUCUUAGUUUUGAGGCACGAGACUUGAUGAAUCGACUUAUGACUGAUUCUGAACACAGGCUGGGCCGCGGCGGUGUCACUGAAAUCAUGCAGCACCCCUAUUUUAACGGAAUUGAUUGGGAUAAUCUUCGUAGUAGUCCUGCUCCAUUUAUACCAUCUUUAAGAUCAAUUACCGAUACUCAUUAUUUCCCUGUGGACGAUUUGAGUCAAGUUCCCGAUGAACCUGUUGCAACCCCAGUGGCUAACGUAGAUCCAAGCACGCUUGAACAAACAAAUAUGGCUUUCCUGGGAUACACUUACAAAAAGUUUAAUUAUCUCACCAUGAAGGGAGCUUUGUAAUUUUAAAAUUAAUUGAUUGGUUGCUUAACUUUUGUUGUUCGCCUGUUUCUUUACCUCAUUGCAUAUUAAGGAUGGAAGCAAGACUUAAAAGAGUCAGUCUUGUUUCUAUUUUGAUGAAUCCAAAUUACAUGUUUUGUUCGUUAUUUUCUAUCAUCUAUUAGCGUUUUAAUAAAUAAAAUUUUCAAUUAACUUGACUUGAACAUUUG